AUGGUGUCGUGUCAGACGCCGCCUACCGCCAGCAGCGACGAGGUGCCCAGGCGGCGGUCGCUCCUCUUGCUCUACUGCUUCCUCGGCGUCAUGGCCACCUUUACGCUCAACGGCUUUCUCCUCGAGAAGCUCACCAAGGCGCACGACGUGGGCGAAAUGACGCUCACGUUUGUGAGCUGCGCGUGGUACGCCGUCGUCGCGUACCUCCUUCGCGUCCUCAUGCGCGAGCCGACGUCGUCAUUGCCCAUGAAGCAGUACGUGGGCCUCUCGCUCCUGACGUUCGUCUCGACGAUCGCGUCCAUCUACGCGCUGCGGUAUGUCUCGUUCAUCACGCGCAUCCUCGGCAAGUCGUGCAAGUCGAUUCCGGUCAUGCUCCUCGGCGCGAUCCUCGGGAAGCGCUACGACCUGAAGAAGGUCCUCUCGGUGCUCUUGCUCUCGGUCGGCGUCGCCAUCUUCCUCCUCGGCACCUAUGCCCAAAAGAUUGCCAGCCACGAGCACGAUGAGAAGACGGCCACGGACAUGAGCAUUGGCUGCGUCCUCCUCUUGGUCUCGCUCCUCUGCGACGGCGCCACGGGUGCGAUCGAGGACAAGCUCAUUGCGGCGCAUGACAUUCACGCGUUUGAGCUCAUGUUCUACCUCAGCCUCUUCAAGCGGGCAUGGCGCUCCUUGACGGUCAUGGUGACGGCCUGGCCGCACCUCGGCGGGCUCACGCUCUUGAGCCUCACGGGCGCGUCGGGCCAAGCGGUGCUCUUUGUGACGCUGCGCAACUUUGGCGCGCUCACAACGUCCAUCAUUGGCACGCUGCGCAAGGUCGUCAGCAUCGUCCUAUCCGUGAUCCUCUUCCGCCACGCGCUCGAGACGCAGCAGCUCCUCGGGCUUGUCGUCGCGUUUGGUGCGAUUGGCCUCAACUGGCUGCCGACGCAGCGCGCGUCAUCGCCAGCGCCGACCGAGGACGAAGCCGAGGUGACCCUUUUGCUCAAGGAAACAACAUGCGACGACGACCGAGAGACCGAGAGCAGCAGCUCGGGCGACGAGGGUCUCGACGACUCCUGCUCGGCCACGCAAAGCAAACAGCUCGACGCGGUCGUCGAGUGGGACAAGACCUCGAGCGUCCUCACCGUUGCAUAA